CGGGCCCUCGGGUCAGUCUCGGCCCCGGGCACCGGCCGCACAGCUGGAGGCGGCGGAGAGGAAGCCUUGACUUCAUCGCAGCCCCAGAGCCCGCCCUCUUCCUCCCGGCUGCAGGCCUGAGAACUUCAGCAAGCUGCAGGAUAUCUCGGUUUCCAGGGACGUUGGAGGCCUAGAAGUGACUUUGGACUUCCUGGCUUUUCCCCACUCCCGCGAGCCCCAGCCAUGGCUGCGAUCCGGAAGAAGUUGGUGAUUGUAGGGGAUGGUGCCUGUGGGAAGACCUGCCUCCUGAUUGUCUUCAGCAAGGAUCAGUUUCCAGAGGUCUACGUUCCUACUGUCUUUGAGAACUACAUCGCAGACAUUGAGGUGGAUGGCAAGCAGGUGGAACUAGCUCUGUGGGACACAGCAGGGCAGGAAGACUAUGACCGCCUGCGGCCCCUCUCCUAUCCGGACACUGAUGUCAUCCUCAUGUGCUUCUCCAUUGACAGCCCCGACAGCCUGGAAAACAUUCCUGAGAAGUGGACGCCUGAGGUGAAGCACUUCUGUCCCAAUGUGCCCAUCAUCCUGGUGGGGAAUAAAAAGGACCUGAGGCAAGAUGAGCACACCAGGAGGGAGCUGGCCAAGAUGAAGCAGGAACCCGUUCGGUCUGAGGAAGGCCGAGACAUGGCGAACCGGAUCAGUGCCUUUGGCUACCUGGAGUGCUCAGCCAAGACCAAGGAGGGGGUCCGGGAGGUGUUUGAGAUGGCUACUCGGGCAGGCCUCCAGGUCCGCAAGAAUAAGCGCCGGAGGGGCUGUCCUAUUCUCUGAGGUUUCCCCCGCCUCCAACUUGCCCACCUCCCUUCAUAGGGGUGCAGAAAUUGCCCCAGUCCCCAUUCUCCCCCCAGGACUCCAUGCUGAAGGCUCCCUUUUCCAGUUUCCUGCUGCCCAGGACUGCAUGAGUUUCCCAGCCUUAGGGGAGAGCUGGGCAGAGCACACCCCCUGCUCUGGUCCAGGGCUGGGGUUCUUGUUCCCUUGGCCUCCCCCGAAGGAUGGUCACACACCAGCACUUUAUAUACUUUUGGCUCACACGAGAGUGGCUGGGGUAGAGGACUUGGGAGGCAAAACCCACAGUCCAGGCCCCUGGGGUUUCUGCUCUGACUGCACUUGGUGGGGGCACAAAUAAAGGCCACAGGAUCCAACAUGUCCUCUCCUGGUCCUUGUCUUCCCCUGGCUGCCAGCCUGAGGCCGCUCUUCAUUUAUGAGUUGCUUGCUGCCUGGAGGCCAACGGCAAAGGCAGGACUCUCGCCUGCAGGGUGGAGUCUUGGAGCAAAGACUGAGGUCAUACCUGGCUCUGGGCCUAGGAGCUGG